CACUUUUGGGUAGUUUUGGUGUUCAGUGUAUAUUUUUUUUUUUUUAAUUUGGCAACCAGUUGCAGAGGAGAGGCGCAAAACGCGCAAAACCGUAGAGUUCCAUCUAAUCCUAAUCGUUUGAAGAUGGCUCCUACCCGUAAACAACCUACAGCAUCUAAAACACAGCGUACUCGAGCUAGAAAAGAUGCUAAGAAACCAACGAACUCCAUACCUAAACCCGAGCUGGAUCAUCCGACAAGUCCAGCUGUACUAAAUGGCCCCACUAUCGUCAUCGAACACUGCACCUCCUGAUCGGUGUUCAAGCGGAAGGCCGCUCAGAUCCACAAGGAGUUGAGUGAACUUGCGCCGGAACAAUCGUUUGGUUUGUCGCUGAACGAAGGAGGGAAGCCACGCCGGGGAUCGUUUGAAAUUUCCGUUAUCAAGUCGGAAAAGGCCAAACCUGUUUCGAUUUGGUCUGGGCUUAAAAAGGGACCUCCAAGAAAGGAGAAGUUUCCGGAAGCCAGUCAAAUAUUGAAAGAUGUUUUGGCAGCUCUGAAAUAAUCGAACAUUGCUAGCGGCGGAUUGGAACAGCGGAUGUUUUUUUUUUUUAUAAUUUGUGGUUACAUUACUUUGGGUUAAAAAUUGAUUCGAAAUCCGUGUUUGUCUUCCUUACACUUCCGCUGUAUGAAAGUUUUUAGGCAAACUUGAAAAAGAUCUAAAGGCUCGAAGUUUGUGGUUUUGUUGUAAGUGGAUUUAUGAACAAGGUGUUUCGGAUCAAGAAUUAUCCCAUUUGUUCGGCAUAAAUUAGCCAUUUUUUAUAUAGGAAGUUCCAAUAAACUAGCGUUACUUACCUGA